AUGGGCUUCCUCGGCGAUAAAUACAGAGCGUUCCAGAACUUCAAAAACGGUCGCAACCCCGACGGCUCCUCCAAGAUCACCGACGAAGACAUCAAGAAAUACACGGGCAAAGACAGGGUCGAGUUUGACAAAUUCGCAGCCAACACACCAGGGGUUGCAGGCAAUCAGCAUGCUGGGUCAAUCACGGCAGGAGGCAAUUGUGGAUUGGCCAACGGCGGAUAUACAACCUUCGAUGCUCAUAAGAUCCCGGGCAAGAGAUAG